AUGAACAAGAAGAAGAAGCCGUUCCUGGGCAUGCCCGCGCCGCUUGGCUAUGUGCCGGGGCUGGGCCGGGGUGCCACUGGCUUCACCACCCGGUCAGACAUUGGGCCUGCCCGGGAUGCAAACGACCCCGUGGAUGACCGCCAUGCCCCCCCGGGCAAGAGGACUGUUGGUGACCAGAUGAAGAAAAACCAGGCUGCAGAUGAUGAUGACGAGGAUCUGAACGACACCAACUACGAUGAGUUUAAUGGUUAUGCCGGGAGCCUCUUCUCCAGUGGACCGUAUGAGAAAGACGAUGAGGAAGCAGAUGCCAUUUAUGCAGCUCUGGAUAAAAGGAUGGAUGAAAGAAGAAAAGAAAGAAGGGAGCAAAGAGAGAAAGAAGAAAUUGAGAAAUACCGUAUGGAACGCCCCAAAAUCCAGCAGCAGUUCUCUGAUCUGAAAAGGAAGUUGGCGGAAGUCACAGAAGAAGAGUGGCUGAGUAUCCCUGAAGUUGGUGAUGCUAGAAACAAACGUCAGCGAAACCCACGCUAUGAAAAGCUGACCCCUGUUCCUGACAGUUUCUUUGCCAAACAUUUACAGACUGGAGAGAACCAUACUUCCGUGGAUCCCAGACAAACUCAAUUUGGAGGACUUAACACACCCUAUCCCGGCGGACUGAACACACCAUACCCAGGUAGCAUGACACCGGGGUUGAUGACACCUGGCACAGGUGAGCUGGACAUGAGGAAGAUUGGUCAAGCAAGGAACACUUUGAUGGACAUGAGGCUGAGCCAGGUGUCUGAUUCAGUGAGUGGGCAGACUGUGGUUGACCCCAAAGGCUACCUGACAGACUUAAAUUCCAUGAUCCCCACCCACGGGGGGGACAUCAAUGAUAUCAAGAAGGCACGGCUGCUCCUCAAGUCUGUUCGAGAGACCAACCCUCAUCACCCACCAGCGUGGAUCGCAUCAGCCCGCCUGGAGGAGGUCACUGGGAAGCUGCAAGUAGCUCGAAACCUAAUUAUGAAGGGGACGGAAAUGUGCCCCAAGAGUGAAGAUGUCUGGCUAGAAGCAGCCAGGCUACAGCCUGGGGACACAGCCAAGGCCGUGGUGGCCCAAGCUGUCCGACAUCUCCCACAGUCUGUUAGGAUUUACAUCAGAGCAGCAGAGCUGGAAACAGACAUUCGUGCAAAGAAGCGUGUUCUCAGGAAAGCCCUUGAGCAUGUUCCAAACUCGGUUCGUUUGUGGAAGGCAGCCGUUGAGUUGGAAGAGCCAGAAGACGCUAGAAUCAUGCUCAGCCGAGCUGUGGAGUGCUGCCCCACCAGCGUGGAGCUCUGGCUUGCUCUGGCGAGGCUAGAGACAUAUGAAAAUGCCCGCAAGGUCCUGAACAAGGCCCGGGAGAACAUCCCUACAGACCGGCACAUCUGGAUCACGGCCGCCAAGCUGGAGGAGGCCAAUGGGAACACCCAGAUGGUGGAGAAGAUCAUCGACCGCGCCAUCACCUCGUUGCGGGCCAACGGCGUGGAGAUCAACCGUGAACAGUGGAUCCAGGACGCCGAGGAGUGCGACAAGGCUGGCAGCGUGGCCACCUGCCAGGCGGUCAUGCGCGCAGUCAUCGGCAUCGGCAUCGAGGAGGAGGACCGGAAGCACACCUGGAUGGAAGACGCUGACAGCUGUGUUGCGCAUGGCGCCCUGGAGUGCGCCCGAGCCAUCUACGCCUAUGCCCUGCAAGUGUUCCCCAGCAAGAAGAGCGUGUGGCUACGAGCAGCGUACUUUGAGAAGAACCACGGCACCAGGGAGUCACUGGAGGCGCUGCUGCAGAGGGCCGUGGCCCACUGCCCCAAGGCGGAGGUGCUGUGGCUCAUGGGAGCCAAGUCCAAGUGGCUGGCGGGUGACGUGCCAGCGGCCCGGAGCAUCCUCGCCCUGGCCUUCCAGGCCAACCCCAACAGUGAGGAGAUCUGGCUGGCGGCCGUGAAGCUGGAGUCAGAGAACAACGAGUACGAGCGAGCUCGCAGGCUGCUGGCCAAGGCGCGGAGCAGCGCGCCCACCGCCCGGGUGUUCAUGAAGUCUGUGAAGCUGGAGUGGGUGCUGGGGAGCACCGCUGCUGCCCAGGCACUGUGCGAGGAGGCCCUGAGGCCCUAUGAGGACUUCCCCAAGCUGUGGAUGAUGAAGGGGCAGGUCGAGGAGCAGGAGGGGCUGAUGGAGAAGGCGCGGGAAGCCUACAACCAGGGGUUGAAGAAAUGUCCACACUCCACACCACUGUGGCUUUUGCUGUCCCGGCUGGAGGAGAAGGUUGGACAGCUGACCAGAGCACGGGCCAUCCUGGAGAAGUCUCGGCUGAAGAACCCCAAGAACCCUGGCCUGUGGCUGGAGUCUGUGCGGCUGGAGUACCGGGCAGGACUGAAGAACAUCGCCAGCACGCUCAUGGCCAAGGCGUUGCAGGAGUGCCCCAGCUCAGGCAUCUUGUGGGCUGAAGCAAUCUUCCUUGAGGCAAGGCCCCAGAGGAAGACCAAGAGUGUGGAUGCCUUGAAGAAGUGCGAGCACGACCCCCACGUGCUCCUGGCUGUGGCCAAGCUCUUCUGGAGUGAGCGGAAGAUCACCAAGGCCAGGGAGUGGUUCCACCGGACCGUGAGGAUCGACUCGGACCUGGGGGACGCCUGGGCCUUCUUCUACAAGUUUGAGCUGCAGCACGGCACAGAGGAGCUGCAGGAGGAGGUGCGGAGACGCUGUGAGAACGCAGAGCCGCGGCAUGGGGAGCUGUGGUGUGCCGUAUCCAAGGACAUUGCCAACUGGCAGAGGAAGAUCGGGGAGGUCCUCGUGCUGGUGGCCGCCGGGAUCAGGAACACCUUCUAGCUUGCGGCCCUGCGCGGGGUCCAGGUGCUCCUGCCCAGUGGGCGCCCAGUUGCUCUCGGGGGCGGAGGGGGCGGCAGGGCCUCCAGCACAUCUGCCUGCUUUUCAAUUAAACGUUUUUAAUUGAGUGUG